AUGAAUACUGAAACAGGAACAUGGGAAUAUGUUUCUCCUGGAACAGGAACAAGAAGACGGAAAAGACAAGUCACUGCUCUUUGGAUUGGCGAAAUCGACUGGUCCAGUGUGACAGACCAGGAUUGGUAUAAUUACGGUUAUGUAUACACUUUAACUGACAGACCCUGUUAUUUCAAAAUUCGUCUUUUCACAGACCAACAAUUUACAACACAAGUUCCAAACCCGGAAAGAUAUAUUGAGGUAGAUUACCACACUAUUAAAGAUUCCACGCUAUUAACUAUCAGGGAUUAUCUGUACUAUCCUGAAAAUGAAUGCAUUCAUGCUAUUUGUGAAGAUGAUAAUGCAUACAUAGCCCUAUAUUAUUACGGAAGAAAUGGUUAUGAUUCUCUUUAUGCUGGUCCGCCAGAAAUAGGAUCAAGCAGCCAUUAUUACGAAAUAAUGGAGGACGAUAGAGUUCUGAAAAUCCAAAUGUCUUCCUCAAGUAAUGGACCUUUUUACAAUAACCUGACACAAUGCGAAGCCUCAACCUCGAAUAAUUAUCACCUGAGGUAUCACUACGGGAUGACGUCUGAAGCUUUCACAUACAUGAAAACAUUUACUUUCAGUCCAAGUUUAGGGAUACCGGAGUCAAUAAGGAUCAGUCAGAGGACGUGGUACCCAGACCGUUCAUUUGAAGGCUACAGAGUAUGUUUCAUGAAAGUAAGCCUUUUGUUUGAAGACGGACUAUCUUUGUCACCUGGCCAAUACAUAAAACUUAAAGCAACAAGCUACGGUGGUACAAACAAUGAAAUUAAAGACUUUAUUCUUGGAAUCCGAGAGUAUGACAUUACGAAUGUCACAGAGAAUUCUUCAGUUUGUAUCGAAUAUAAAUGCAGUGGAACCAUAGAUCCGAAUUUUGACCAACAAUUUGAUCACACAAGAAUAGUGCUGACACUGGUUUAUCCAACCAGCGAAAUGGAAUGUAACGUAACAAAGGAAGCAGACUUUUUGUCUUCUGACGAUACUUCCCUAAAUGAGGCCCAGAUUGGAAGUACAAAUGGCACUUACGAAAUAUAUGCACCGACAGUAUACACACCCGAUAAUGGUCUAUACUCGGCUACUAGCGACAAGUUAGUUAUCGACAGUGCCUAUGUCACGGCUGAAGGUGAAUGCCGAUCAGGAGAACCACAAAAUAUUGUUGAUGAUAACCCGGACACUGGCGUGGCAGUAACAUUUACAUUUAAAAACAAAUGUUUAUACUGGUGGUUAUGGUUUUAUGACGAUUGUUAG